CUCACACACCACAGAGUGCGGCGUUGGAGAGACACAGCCGGAGCUGUCAUUCAUUCAUACGGAUUCUUCUUCUCCGAACAAACCCGCUGCUGCUGCUGCUGCUACUCUGAAACCGAGAAUACACAUUUUCCUUUUUUUUUUUUUUGCAUUUCCAACUUAAUAAUGCUGCAUUGAGCGACCGGAGCCGGGAGGGACUGCUGGGUUUCACCGCCUCGAUUCAUUCUCAUGUAAAAGGAGAAAGUCUCUGCUUGCUGAAAGGCUGUUUUUUUCACAAUUUGGGAGAAGGAUACGAGAGGAAUUCGCUCCUGGAUUUACUGCUUGUUGAGGACAACAUGCCUCAGACACCACCGUUCACGGGGCAGCAGAACACCGGCGGCUACAACAAGAACUUCUACCAGUCCAAGGAGGAAGGCUACCCUGGCCUCUUUUAUCAUGACAACAACCUGGUGUCCGGGUCACUGGAGGCCCUCAUUCACCACUUGGUCCCAACUGUAGAUUAUUAUCCAGAUAGAACAUACAUCUUCACCUUCCUGCUCAGCUCUCGCCUCUUUAUCCACCCAUAUGAACUCAUGUCGAAGGUGUGUCACCUGUGCAUGGAGCAACAGAGACUAGGAGAUCCCCAAGCUGACAAGAUGAGAGUCAGGAAGAUUGCUCCCAAGAUCCUCCAGCUGCUGACGGAAUGGACGGAAACCUUCCCAUAUGACUUCAGGGAUGAGAGGAUGAUGCGCAGCCUGAAGGAGCUGACCCACCGACUGGCCAGUGGAGAUGAGGUUUACAGGAAGGCAGUCAGCCAGAUGAGCCAGGGCCUGAUCAGGAGGUUGACGGUGCUUAGCCAGUACGAGGAAGCACUGGUCAAGAUCAAUGCCACGGCGUCCGAGCGACUGACGGCUCUUAAGGCAAAGCCCCAGGCAGCCAUCCAGAGAGACAUGCUGUCCAUCUGCAACGACCCAUUCACUGUCGCCCAACAGCUCACACACAUAGAACUGGAGAGACUGAGUUACAUCGGACCUGAAGAAUUCGUCCAGGCCUUCGUCCAGAAGGACCCUCUGGACAACGAUAAGAGUUGCUUCAGUGAUCACAAGAAGGCCAGCAACCUGGAAGCCUAUGUUGAAUGGUUCAACAGACUCAGUUAUCUGGUGGCUACAGAAAUCUGCAUGCCUGUGAAGAAGAAGCACCGAGCUCGAGUCAUUGAGUUCUUCAUUGACGUGGCACGCGAAUGCUUCAACAUUGGCAACUUUAAUUCCCUCAUGGCCAUCAUAUCACCAGAUGGAUCCUUCCAGCAAUUUCUACAACUACAGAACAGCGCUGAGAGGAGCCACCCAGAGAUCGAUCACUGCCAACAGCAGCAGAGAAAAGAUUGUCAUCCCUUUCUUCAGCCUGCUCAUUAAAGACAUCUACUUCCUCAACGAGGGCUGUGCAAACAGGCUGCAGAACGGGCACGUCAACUUUGAGAAAUUCUGGGAACUCGCCAAACAAGUGAGUAAGUUCAUGACCUGGAAGAAAGUGGAAUGUCCGUUUGAGAAGGAUCGCAAGAUUCUGCAGUACCUGCUGACUGCUCCAGCGUUCACGGAAGAUGCGUUGUAUCUGGCAUCCUAUGAGAGCGAAGGUCCUGAGAAUAACAUGGAGAAGGACAGAUGGAAGUCUCUGAGAUCCACUCUGCUAAGCAGGGUCUAAAGUUCUGAAGAAACCAGAAUGAUGACAAACCUGACAAGCGAGCCGUGCCCUGUAGACGCCGCUGUUGUCCAAACAAAGUAUCCCCGUGUUGGAAGGGAAACGACAAUCUCUACUUUGGCUGGCGAGGAUCUUUUGUGUUCCCCCAGCUUCAGAUUUCUAAUAAGCUCUGCUUUUCCUUACCCUCUUGCUCUUUGUGCUGUAUAUUUCAGGACAGCUGUCUUUUUUUUUUCAUCUCUUUGUAUGACUUUGUAGUCUUUUUGAAAAAAAAAAAAGAACCCUGAUAAACCUUCUGUGAGCGUUAAUGGAGUCAUUGGGGUUGUUGGGGUUGUUGGUGGUCCCCCCCCCCGACACUAGUUUUCAACAAGUUCUUUUCCACUGAAGCUACAAAGUUAGCUGCUGGUUGGCUAACUCAACAGAAACGCUACUGUCGCUGGUUCCAUAAGCCAGCAUUCUUUGUACGGAGAAUUCAAACCUUUCCCGCAACACUGUUCAUCAUUAUGCUAGCUAUUAUUUGCUUUUGUUUGUUUGUUUGGUUUACUUUCCUUUUGUACAAUACCUGAGUAUCUCUCACGUCAUGUUUUCUGAAGGUUUUGUUAAUUGUUAUGUGUAAGAAAAAAAUGCACUGGUUGCAAUUUAAAGAUUAAGAGUAACUGAGUUUUCUUGUUUGUUUGUGUUGUAUAAAGUUUUGUGAUUUUCGUCAACAGGAAGCAACACUUCCCUCGUUUAUCUUUGACACACUCAGGGCCUCAGUAUGCUUCGGAUGCAUUAAGGUGUCAGUAAGCUUCAACCAAAGAGGGUUUUAGAUGAUGUUCAACCAUACGGCGUAGGAAUUGCGGGUUUGAGAUGCUGUUGGAUGCUCUGACAAGCACUUCAUGUGAAGCAUACUGGGGCCCUUUAGCAGAGAGCUUAAAUGGAAGGUGUGAUGAUAGUGUGUUUCCUGUUGUUCUUGAUAAUCAGUGUUUAAAAUAGCCCACAGGCUGGCUUAUGUGCUCAGCAGCAGAGGGCUACUAUUCAUACUUUCCCCUUUUGUUCCUGCUCUGAUGUAGAAAAUGAGUGUGGUUGUGCUGCCCCCUGGUGGUUCAGUUAGAAAAGUGAAUGGAUUUCAUGUGUUUGAAUAAUGUGAACCGAGGAUUUCUGUUUAAACCCUAGACAUGCUAAAUAAUAUCCUGUUUAUGUUUUUAUUUUUCAUAUUAAAAAGUAAUGUUCCCACCGUAUGUUUUAUUUAUAAAUCUAUUUGUGUAGUCACAUUAUGUCCUCAUGCCAAUAUGUACUAUUAUUUUAUUGUUAUUUAAUUUUGUACUAGGUACAUGACAUGCUUAAGUAGUCCUUUAUUAUUUUUUAUACAAGUUUGUAUGGAACACUUUUUUCAAGGUACUAGCUCAGAGCAUGAAGUUAAAUACUUUUGACUGAUAUCUGCUUUGCCUUGCUUUGCUCCUCCCUCAACACUGAGCGCUGUUGUGGUUUAUUGUACAUACUGUUUCUUUUUUUCCUCCCUGUGUUCAUUCAUUUGUAUUUGGACUGUUAAAAUGGAAUAGCGGAACCGUUUAUAAAUGAAUUAGUAGUGUUUAAAAGAGAGUUAAUAAAAUGUUUAAAAAAUAUGAA